AUGGGCAUGACCCUAGGAGGUGGUAUUGAUAGUCUGCAAGGGCUGCAUGGGUUGCAUAGGUUGCUCCUAGAUUCGCUCGAGACUGUUCGACUAGUCACCGCGAUGGGAGGCCUUAUCGAAGUCUCUGACACAAAAUAUCCCGAGCUUUGCGUGGGCCUGCCCUUUGCCGGGUCCAACCUUGGAGUUGUUACCACGGCUACCUGUUGCACACAUCGUGCAACCAAUGGGGGUCUUGUCACCAAUGUAAACUUCAUCUUUGUUGCUACCGAGCACGCUGCUAUUCUGCAGGCACUGAGCUCUGUCGAUGAGACGCUUCCGUCUGAACUGAAACUAACUCCGGCGGUGGCCUAUAACCGGACCAUUGGCCAAGUGAGCAUUGGUCAAGAUGAUUCCUCCUCGACCACGGUACUAAUUAUGGGAAAGCCACUUGUGCCGGCGAAUACUAUUUGCUACGGCCCUCAAAAACAAGCGUUGGGGCUAUUGAGCCCCUUCAACAGUCUCCUCCCGGUUAUGUCCCGCAGUUAUUGGCUCUCCCGCACCGACACAUUUGCCUGGGAAUUCGGCCCUAGCCACGCCGUAAUCGGAUAUGGCUCAUCUUCACCAACAGAUAGAGAUGCAUACGUAAGGGGCUCCCAGCCACAAAGAUUUUGUACAGAAAUUGACGCUCAAGCCGCAGCAAUCUCGAGUGAUGGCACACAGGAGCCUGUCUUGAAGACCCAGUCGACGCCUUCUUUCAAGAAUCUCGCCGCCAUUUCCAGCAUUCCAGCGGCUUCGACAAACUGGCCGUUUAUGUGA